AAACGCAUACUCAUUUCUGACUUGUUAAAAUGUCUAUAAAACCUUGUUAUACUUUUCCUUGUUUCUAGAAAAGCAACAACAUUAGCAUUGAUAAUCUCAUUUGGUUUAUACUUUGCAGAUUAGAUUACCUAAUUUCUAAGCUUUUCUGAUGGACUUGAAUGCAAUAUCUCCCUCUUCCCAGUGGGACUGGGAGCACCAAUCAUUCUUCAAUGCAAAAGCAACUGAAUAUCCAAAAUUACAACCACCAAGCUGGAGUAUCGAACAAGACCGAGAAAUCAAUGUCGGGUUGUUCGAUACACCCGGUGGAAGUGGUAUUUUUGGCUCUGCAUCAAGGAGUUCAAAAUCAGCUUCAAAUAGUUCAUCGUUAAAUAGGAAUAAUAGCAAAACAUGUAUAUUUGCUUGUGGAAAUUCUCAUACACCAGAGCUUUCUUCUGUCUCUGGUGAACCAUUGCUCACUCUACUCGGAAAACGAGUGUACAUUGAGGAUGUAUGUCCGAAAAGUGAUUCCAAAAACCUAUCUUUUUCAAGGGAUCUUGCGUCAUCUUUAAGUAUUGGAAAGAAAUGUAAGUUCAAUAGUCAGAACUUGCAAUUUCCGCGAUGCCAGGUUGAAGGUUGUGGCCUUGACCUUUCAUCAGCAAAAGAUUAUCAUCGGAAACGAAGAGUUUGUGAAAGUCAUUCCAAAUCUCCUAUGGUGGUUAUAGAUGGUAUGGUACGUCGAUUUUGCCAGCAAUGUGGCAGGUUCCACAAUCUGGCUGAGUUCGAUGAAAAGAAAAGAAGCUGCAGAGAACAACUUUCACGUCACAAUGCAAGGCGACGUAAGCAUCAGCCUGAAGCACUCCAAUCAAGUCAAUCAGUUUUGUCUUCACGCUGUGAUGGAAAGCAACAGAUGAGUCCAUUUGCUAAUUCAAAGACUGCUACAAAUUUAGCCUGGCAAAACAUGCAGAACAGCAAGCUCCCCCAAGCAAAAGAUUUUCUCUUGAAGCCUGCAAAAGACAACGCUAACACACAAGGUGUAGAAGAUUUCAUUACCGUUUCUGAUACAAAUGAUGAACAAGACUUUAUUUGUGCUCUCUCUCUUCUGUCAACCAAUCCAUGGGAUUCAUAUGCGACUAAAUCCAUGUCUCUAGAACAUUCUAAUCGUCCAACCAGUGCUGUUCAAGCUGUAACUCAUCCAAUGAGUCAGCGCAUGCCUCUUGCUUGAUCAGAAUCAUGGUCAACAUGUCAAUUCCUGCAUGUGAAUGGCAGACUGUGAAGAAUUUCAACUGUUCAGAGAACCUUAUUUGUCUAGUUUUCACUAUUUGGAUUAAUAUGAAUGUUCUUACUCUAAAUAGUUUCAACCUAAUAAAUUUAUAGGCAAGCUAGAUUCCAUCUCAUGAUUUCUUAUUUAUAGGACCUAAAUUUUUGUUGUAAUGACUAUGUUUAUUAUCUCACUUAACUGCAUUUUCAAAAAAGGUGAGCUUAAUCUGAUCAUACUAAAAGUCAUUUUAUUUGUCAUAUGUCAAAGUGCAGUGGUAAUUUUGAACAUUGUAGAGCCCGUUUGGGAAUUAUUUUCAU